AUGGGGGACUUGGUUGCCAAUGUACUCUAUUGGCUCCCCACUGCGCUGAUGACUCUUGUCACGUGUGUGACGAUUUUUAUCGCGGUGGGCUUGGCCCAAGGGUUCUUCCGAAAUAGUUUGUUGUCAUUGUCGUGGCGUAAUAUUUUGUUCUUUACUGCCAUGUCGUCUCGUCAGAAACAGCUUUUGGCCUCCAUGCAGGCGGAGGAGCUGGUGGAGGCUGCGUUGCGUUCGGCUGGCUGGAAACAUGUAUUUCUUCGCCGACGUGUGCCUGUGCAGCGACUCGGGCACAACCGUGAGAUUGAUGUGGUUGCAGUGGGCCCUGUUGUACUUGUGGUGGAGGUAAAACAUUGGCGUGGGCAAGUCUGGAGCAACGGCUCGCGUUGGUUCCAGCUCCCCGAUAACUCCAAGCGCGCGUUGGAGUUUGAGGAUAUUCUAGAAGAUAACUUAGUGAAGGCGGCUGCACUUCGUCGAUUUAUAGAAAAUGACCGAAGAAUACCGCUUUCAGACCAUCACAUGCCCGGAAAUCAUCGUUCACCAACCGAGGAGGGUGACAUCACGCAGGAUAAAUCGCGGGGGCACGGCACUUGGUAUACAGAUCGUCGUGUUCAUAAGCAAUGUGGUGAGUUUGUUCUCCCGGUAGUUGUCUUUACGAAUCCUGCCGUGGUAUUAGACCCCAGCACUGUUAAGCAAAAGGAGCGUGUCUUUAGUCUUGCUUCUUUCCAGUUGUUUGCAGAGCAACUUAUGCAGGAAAUGCGAGGACCCUUGGUGCGUGGUGGAAGGCCUUGGGGGCGCUUAGCACAAAGGUUGCGUUCGAUCCUUCUUGGGUCGGUGCAGCGACCCUCGGCGAUUUCAAUUCACGUGGAGGAACGGGUAGCCGCUGCCGUGGAAACAAUGCGGACGUGGGACAUGAUCUACCUGCACAGCGGCCGUCUGAUUCACGGCGAUGUUACGGAACUCCAUUUGUCUUCUAUAAAACUUUGGAUUGAGCGGAAGCACAUUUUGGAUGUGGAAGUUUGGUGGUUUGAUGGAUUUAUUGGCUUGCUGCGGGGUCUUUGGGAAGGCAGUGGCGGAAUGGUGCGUGUGCGAUUUGACGCAGCCCAGCGAUUGUUGAUGGGGCGGGAUGAAAUUGCCAUCCCCAUCGCACCAAGAAACCUGAAGCAUAUGACGGCUAACGAUCGUCUAGUGGUGAAGACGGCCGGAAGCAGAGUUACGGUGACGGUGGCCCUGGCGGAUGUAUGCAGACUGCGAUUUAGUCACCAUAUGGAGGAUUCACAUAUUUAA